CUUAGUCAUGAAUUUUUUUGCCUAGGCCAGUGUUUAGAAGACUGUUUCCAAUGUUCUAGAAUUUUUAUAGUUUCAGGUCUUAUAUUUAAAUCUUUUAUCAACUUGAGUUGAUUUUUGCAUUGGAUGAUAGUUAGGGAUCCAGUUUCAUUCUUCAUGUGGCUUGCCAUUUUUCCCAGCAUCAUUUAUUGAAUAGGAUGUCCAUUCCCCAAUUUUUGUUUUUGUGUGCUUUGUCAAAGAGCAGUUGGCUGUAUGUAUUUGGCUUUAUUUCUGAGUUCUCUAUUUUGUUCCAUUGGUCUAUGUGCCUACUUUUAAACCAGUACCAUGCUGUUGUGGUAGCUAUAGGCUUGUAGUGUAUUUGAAGUCUGGUAAUGUGAUGUCUCCAGAUUUGUCUUUUUGCUUAGAAUUGCUUUGGCUAUUCAGGCUGUUUUUUGUUCCAUAUUAAUUUUAGGAUUGUUUUUUCUAAUUCUGUGAAAAAUGAUCUUGGUAUUUUGAUGGGAAUCGCAUUGAAUCUGUAGAUUGCUUUGGGCAGUAUGGUCAUUUUCACAAUAUUGAUUCUUUCAAUCCAUGAGCAUGGGAUGAGUUUCCAUUUAUGUCAUCUGUGAUUUCUUUCAGCAGUAUUUUGUAGUUCUCCUUGUAGAGAUCUGUCAUCUCCUUGGUGAAGCAUAUUCCUAGGUAUUCUAUUUAUUUUUUAUUUUUUGCAGCUAUUAGAAAAGGGAUUGAGUUCUUGAUUUGAUUCUCAGCGUGGACGUUUUUGGUAUAUAGCAGUGCUACUGAUUUGUGUACAUUGAUUUUGUAACCUGAGACUUUACCGAUUUCAUUUAUCAAAUCUAAGAGUCUGUUGGAGUCUUUAGGAUUUCCUUGGUAUAUAGUCAUAAUAUCUGCAAACAGUGAUAGUUUGACUUCCUCUUUUCCAAUUUGGAUACACUUUAUUGCUUUCCCCUGCUUUCCCUCUGGCUAGUACUUCCAGAACUAUGUCGAAUAGGAAUGGUGAAAGUGGAUGUCCUUGUCUUGUUCCUGUUCUCAGGGGGAAUGCUUUCAACUUUUCCCCAUUCAGUAUGAUGUUGGCUUUGUCGUCAUAUAUGGCUUUUAUUAUUUUGAGUUAGGUCCUUCCUAUGCCUCAUUUGUUGAGUUCUUUAUUGUAAACGAUGCUGGAUUUUGUUGAAUGCUUUUUCUGCAUCUAUUGAGAUGAUCAUAUGGUUUUUGUUUUUAAUUCUGUUUAUGUGAUACAUCAGAUUUAUUGACUUGCAUAUGUUAAAUCAUUCCAGCAUCCCUGGGAUGACACCUGUCCCUUAUUGAUGGACAUUCACAUGGUUUUUAACCUUUUCCUAUUACAAAAAUGCUGCAGUGAAUAGCCUUGUACAUAUAUAAUUUUGUCCUUGUGCAAGUAUUUCUAUAAAGUACAUUCCUGGAAAUGGAAUUGCAUUCUAGUCUUUUAUAUAAUUAUUUUUCAAAAUGUACCAAAAUUCACUUUCUUAAAAUAGCUUUAAUUUUUAUUAUAUACAGAUAAUCUUUGCCUUAUUUUCAUUUUUGUUGACAUAAUUCCUCCAGGCUCUUAAAGGUAAGAUUUAAGAUAGUAGCUAAAGAAUUUAGAUAUAGGUCUUGUCACUGGAACAAUUUCUUGAGACUUAGAAAUUUAAAUUGCUUAUGAUGUCUUUGGUACUGUAACUGCAUAUUGCCUUUCAAAUUACUAUUAAUUUAUCUCAUAAAUUAUUUUCAGAUUUUUUUUUCCUUUAUUUUGACCCUGACCCUUUUGCCCUUGGUCUAUCUACUUUUCUUUUUCUUUCUUUUUUUUUUUUUUCUUUUUCCUUGUCUUGUCUUGUCUUUUCUUUCAACUGGAGUGCAAUGAUGCAAACACGACUCACUGCCGCCUUGACCUCCUGGCCUCAAGCAAUUCUCCCACCUCAGCUUCCUGAAUAGUUUGGACUACAGAAUGUCAUACCCAGGCUAUCCCCCAACAGGCUACCCACCUUUCCCUGGAUAUCCUCCUGCAGGUCAGGAAUCAUCUUUUCCCCCUUCUGGUCAGUAUCCUUAUCCUAGUGGCUUUCCUCCAAUGGGAGGAGGUGCCUACCCACAAGUGCCAAGUAGUGGCUACCCAGGAGCUGGAGGCUACCCUGCGCCUGGAGGUUAUCCAGCCCCUGGAGGCUAUCCUGGUGCCCCACAGCCAGGGGGAGCUCCAUCCUAUCCCGGAGUUCCUCCAGGCCAAGGAUUUGGAGUCCCACCAGGUGGAGCAGGCUUUUCUGGGUAUCCACAGCCACCUUCACAGUCUUAUGGAGGUGGUCCAGCACAGGUUCCACUACCUGGUGGCUUUCCUGGAGGACAGAUGCCUUCUCAGUAUCCUGGAGGACAACCUACUUACCCUAGUCAGCCUGCCACAGUGACUCAGGGCACUCAAGGAACUAUCCGACCAGCUGCCAACUUCGAUGCUAUAAGAGAUGCAGAAAUUCUUCGUAAGGCAAUGAAGGGUUUUGGGACAGAUGAGCAGGCAAUUGUGGAUGUGGUGGCCAACCGUUCCAAUGAUCAGAGGCAAAAAAUUAAAGCAGCAUUUAAGACCUCCUAUGGCAAGGAUUUAAUCAAAGAUCUCAAAUCAGAGUUAAGUGGAAAUAUGGAAGAACUGAUCCUGGCCCUCUUCAUGCCUCCUACAUAUUACGAUGCCUGGAGCUUACGGAAAGCAAUGCAGGGAGCAGGAACUCAGGAACGUGUAUUGAUUGAGAUUUUGUGCACAAGAACAAAUCAGGAAAUCCAAGAAAUUGUCAGAUGUUAUCAGUCAGAAUUUGGACGAGACCUUGAAAAGGACAUUAGGUCAGAUACAUCAGGACAUUUUGAACGUUUACUUGUGUCCAUGUGCCAGGGAAAUCGUGAUGAGAACCAGAGUAUAAACCACCAAAUGGCUCAGGAAGAUGCUCAGCGUCUCUAUCAAGCUGGUGAGGGGAGACUAGGGACCGAUGAAUCUUGCUUUAACAUGAUCCUUGCCACAAGAAGCUUUCCUCAGCUGAGAGCUACCAUGGAGGCUUAUUCUAGGAUGGCUAAUCGAGACUUGUUAAGCAGUGUGAGCCGUGAGUUUUCCGGAUAUGUAGAAAGUGGUUUGAAGACCAUCUUGCAGUGUGCCCUGAACCGCCCUGCCUUCUUUGCUGAGAGGCUCUACUAUGCUAUGAAAGGUGCUGGCACAGAUGACUCCACCCUGGUCCGGAUUGUGGUCACUCGAAGUGAGAUUGACCUUGUACAAAUAAAACAGAUGUUCGCUCAGAUGUAUCAGAAGACUCUGGGCACAAUGAUUGCAGGUGACACGAGUGGAGAUUACCGAAGACUUCUUCUGGCUAUUGUGGGCCAGUAGGAGGGAUUUUUUUUUUUUUAAUGAAAAAAAAAUUUCUAUUCAUAGCUUAUCCUUCAGAGCAAUGACCUGCAUGCAGCAAUAUCAAACAUCAGCUAACCGAAAGAGCUUUCUGUCAAGGACCGUAUCAGGGUAAUGUGCUUGGUUUGCACAUGUUGUUAUUGCCUUAAUUCUAAUGUUAUUUUGUUCUCUACAUACAAUCAAUGUAAAGCCAUAUCACAAUGAUACAGUAAUAUUGCAAUGUUUGUAAACCUUCAUUCUUACUAGUUUCAUUCUAAUCAAGAUGUCAAAUUGAAUAAAAAUCACAGCAAUCUCUGAUUCUGUGUAAUAAUAUUGAAUAAUUUUUUAGAAGGUUACUGAAAGCUCUGCCUUCCGGAAUCCCUCUAAGUCUGCUUGAUAGAGUGGAUAGUAUGUUAAAACUGUGUACUUUAAAAAAAAAUUCAACUCUUUACAUCUAGAAUAAUUUGCAUCUCAUUUUGCCUAAAUUGGUUCUGUAUUCGUAAACACUUUCCACAUAGAAAAUAGAUUAGUAUUACCUGUGGCACCUUUUAAGAAAGGGUCAAAUGUUUAUAUGCUUAAGAUACAUAGCCUACUUUUUUUUCCCAGUUUUCUUUUUUUAAAUUGAGUUAUGACAAAUAAAAAAUUGCAUAUA